UUAUUUUGUUAGUGUGUGAAAUGUGGUCCCCUCCAAAACCUUGGGAAAUACCUUCAAAUAACUUCAGAAAUUUACCGUCAACAUCGACUGGAGCGAGCUACAGACCAUCGAGAGGUGUUAGACAAGUUAAACCUACGAUUAUGGCCGAGGAUGAUAAAAAGGCAGCUCCUACAGUACCACCAAGACCAGCAACCAGACCAACACAAAGUUUAUACCCUAGUUAUGCUGACCUGUUUUCUGUGACAGGGCAUGGUACCUAUGGAAACUAUAGUAACUUUGGUGGAUAUAUGGGGCCUUAUUCUGGGGGAUACACCAAUGGCUAUGGAGGAUAUGGAGGGUAUAAUGGGUACAAUAAUAUGUAUGGUGGAUAUGGAGCCAAUCGAUAUAGCCAGGGAUACAACAACGCUCCCUCUAGUUCAUUUGUUGAGCAAGCCGAACAGAAUUCACGGAUUGCGUUUGAUUCUGUACACUCAAUCGUUCAAGCAUUUGGCUCGAUAGCGAUGAUGCUUGAAUCAACUUUCUUUGCUGUCCACAGUUCAUUCAGGGCAGUUCUUGGUGUGGCUGAUCACUUUAGCCGUUUACGUGAAAAUCUUGUUCAUAUUGUUGGAUCUAAUUUUCUAAUCAAAUGGUUGCGAAGCAUAUUCCGUAAAAUAACAGUUCUGAUUGGCUUGAGCAGCUCUGCAAGUGUCGAGGAGGUUUGGAACGAGAUGAGAUCUAUGACAAGGGAGACAGCGGCAACACAGGGAGGACAGAGUCGCGUCUGGAAAUCAUGGCCGUUGCUGUUGUUUUUUGCUGUUGUGUUAGGAACACCUUGGUUGAUUUGGAGAUUUUUAUCCUCACUGGGUGAUGAAGAUAUUCACAAUUGGAUGAAAGGUGAAGGUGACCAUGUUCUUGGUGAAGUUUUGUACGAUUUUAUCGCUGAGGCUGAGGAUGAGCUCUCAAUAAAAGCAGGGAAAUAUAUUAAGAUUGCUCCAAAACAACGACAACCAAGAAUUAGAGGCUGGUUGUUAGCGACUGUCAAUGGAAAAAGCAAAGGAAUUGUCCCAGCAAACUAUGUAAAGAUUCUUGGUUUCAAGCGUGGAAGAAAAGCAAAUGGAGGCACAGAACAGAAAUUAAAUGCUUCAACUUCAGGCGAGCAAGAAUGUGAUAACGAAGAGAUUGUUGAUUUGGAUGAUGUUUACACACGAACUGUUAUCAACGACUUUGAAACACAACAAUUUGAUGAGGUUCCCCGUGAAAUAAGCCGUGAUCCUAGCAGUGAUUCAGAGCUCACAGAACCCACAAGAAAUCCAACCACUUCAAGAACUAUCCAGUGAAAUAAAUUAGUUUUUUUAGUCGAACACUUUGGCAGACAAUGGUCAAGUGUAAAAAGCAUUUCAGAGCAGUGACUAGGACCAUCUGCAUACGGUUUACACGCCUUAUCAUUUGUGAGAAACACUAAUAAUUUACGACAGAGGUCAAAACUAGUCCACUAAUAUUAGUGUGGCAUAUCUUUUAUUGUCAUUGGACUGGAUAGAAACGGCGUGAAAACAAUAAGAGACUCAUAAUAAAGGACACUUGAGAAAACGUGCCUGAAUUCUUCACUUUAAAAACAUUUUUGGAAUGAUUACCUCGUUUUUAGAAAACAUAGAUUGGAGUUGGACCGUGUUGUAACUGGUCAUAUAAAACAAAUCAUCUAACAGAUAUAAAAAGACGCUAAGGUCAUGUAAUUUCAGGUUUUUGAAUCAGUCGUAGAUAGAACAUAGAAUAACAAAUAAGAAUUAGGAGGGAAAUAAAGAUCAUAAAACACAGAAUUUUAUACGCAGCUGCAUGGAGUAGCACAGAGAAAAAACUGUUGCGUUUCUGGGGUUGGUUGUAUCAAGCCCGUUUACCUUAAACGUUGGAUAAGUUCAAAAUAGAAAGUAAAGUCUAUCGUUUUAUUCA